UGAGGUAGAUGUCUGACGGAUAAUGUGUGUUGUUGCCGUGUGUACAGAGAUAAAUUUGAGACAUAAUGCAAGAAGAUACGUUUCCUGCUGCCGAGAGGAUUUUGGCAGAUAUUGAGAAUGUGUUCAAGAGAGAUCCAAAGCUGAAAGAAUUCGACAUAAUUCCUGUUACUGUCAACCACAACAAGUCGCCGCUUCAUCACGUGGAACACUGUUUAGCACUUGAAUCGUGGUGCGUGCGUCAUGUGUACUGCUAUGCGUAUCAUCGCCUCCUGGAUACGCGACAUUUCCGGCAUCGAAGAGCAGAUCCAGAAGUGACAUCAAGACUGCUACUUGGAGCCCUUUUACUUAAUCCUGAUGUGUCUACAUUCUGGAACAUGAGAAAAGAGUUGGUUCAGUCAGGGCGUUUGGAUGUUCAGUCUGAAUUGCAUUUCACUGUUGUUAUAUUAUCUCGGAAGCCAAAAAGUGCAGAAGCAUUCUCAUACCGCAGGUACCUGUUGGAGAAAUUAUUGACAACAGGUGUAGACAAGAUACACUUACUGGAAGAGGAGUUGCAAGUGUGUGCAGUAGCAGCAGAUCGAUAUGCUGGAAACUAUCAUGCCUGGCAACACCGAACAUGGAGUAUGAUGAGACUUGCAGAAACUGAUCAGUUGUGGUUGAAGGAGUGGCAGUGGUCAGAAGGCUGGAUGUCUCUUCACAUAUCUGAUUACAGUGGAUUACAUUAUAGACAGUUUUUACUGCGUCACUUGCUGGGAGAUGGAAAUGCAGGUAUUGCAGCAUGUACAGAAAUAAUCACUUCUGAACUGGAAAGCAGUACAGAUCUUAUUACAAGGUAUCCAAGUCAUGAGGCACUGUGGAACUAUCGAAGAUCAGUUUUGACGUGUGCUAAAGAAUAUCUCCCAAAAUUUGACUCUUAUCCAGAUGCUGCAGCCCUCACAGCAUCUGUAAAUGGGAAGUGUGUUCCUGAGAAUGGUUUUGAAUGUGGGACAGUUUUUAAACCUGAAGAAUUUUGGAAGAGAAUUGUACUACAAGAACAUCAUUUUGUGGAAAGGUGUAAGAUGACAGACAAACAAUUUGUACUUCGUCACUUACACUGGAUGCUCAAAGCUCUUGGAGUUAACUUGGAAGAAGGAUGAGAAGAUAAGAAUAAUACACUAAAUUCAAGUACAAAAUUUAGUCCUUCUGCUCAAGACGUCCUGCACAUUACAGUUGUGGGCUUGAUGCUGCAGAGUCUUUAAUUCACUGACCAUCACUUUAGUCAUUGUGAGGAUUAUUGUUUGUGAAGUUGGAGGAGCAAUGAUUCACAGCUUGUUAAAAGCAGAAUGGUGCCUUAUUAUUUUUGGUUUGAUAAGAAUGAGUAAAUUGUACUGCAGCUGCCAUGCUGCCAUCCAAUUCAGUGGUAGCGCACACGCGUGCCGCCCCCCCCCCCCC